UACCGGCUUUUGCACUCUCUCUCUUAAUGGCUUCUUCCAUCACUGGCAGCCAUUUUGAGGAGCUUGUGCUGGGAUUAUUGAUGUUUUGGUACUUGUCGUCGAUGGGAGCUGCCAUUAAUAAUGGGAACUCCGGUGGUGUUCCGGCGGUGUACGUAGUUGGCGACUCCCUGGCGGACGUCGGAAAUAACAACCAUCUCUUGACGUAUAUGAAGGCAGAUUUCCCACACAACGGUAUCGACUUCGCCGGCGGCAAGGCCACUGGUCGCUUCAGCAACGGCAAAAACGCCGCCGACUUCAUCGCUGAAAAGCUAGGAUUGCCAUCUCCACCAGCUUAUCUUUCCAUCAAGUCAAGCAUUGGCAGCUCUCAAACAUUCUCCACUGGCAUUAACUUUGCCUCCGCUGGCGCUGGAAUAUUAGACGCUACCCACAACGGCGAAUGCCUGUCACUGAACAAGCAGAUAGACUACUUAUCCACCACAUAUGCAGCAAUGGUGGAGAAAAAUGGAAAUGAGCAAGCCCAAGCUCAUCUGGCCAACUCCAUCUUUGCCAUUAUAAUUGGAAGCAAUGACAUAUUUGGCUAUGUUAAAUCCAACGGUAACACGACUCCCCAGCAGUUUGUUGGCUCUUUGAUCUAUGCACUGCAAGGACAGCUGCAGAGGCUGUACAAUAUAGGAGCUCGCAAGUUCGCUUUUGUUGGCACUGGCCCUGUGGGCUGCUGUCCCUCCCUGAGGAGGCAGACCGAGGCCAAUGACUGCAAUGCAGCAGCCAAUUCUGUCUCUGAUCUCUACGACCAGUCUGUACUUACUCUUCUCCAGGAGUUGAAGUCACAGCUCAGUAAUAUGAAGUACUCUUUCUUCAAUACAACCCUUGCAAUGCACGAAAUCAUGGACAAUCCAGCUGAUUAUGGAUUUACUGAGGUGAAGGCUGCAUGCUGUGGACUAGGAGACCUGAAUGCCAAGGUGGCCUGCACUCCUUUCUCUUCCUACUGUUCUAACAGAACAAAUCAUGUUUUCUGGGACUUCUACCACCCUACACAGGCUACAGCCGAGAUCCUCACAGCUAAAAUGCUUGAGGGCUCAGCUCCACAUGUCUAUCCAGUCAAUGUAAUGCAGUUGAGUGCCCUUUGAGAUUGGUUCAAAUGUAAGUGUAGAGAUGCAAGUGAAGCAUUUCUAAAAAUGUAGUUGUCUGAUUACAAAAUGAUGCUUGUGAAUAUAAACUAAAAAGAAGCUUAAAGUUGGGCAUGAUAGAUACAUCAAAAGAUCAAAUUUCUUUUCAUUAAAAAAAUGUUAAAGCUCAUCAAUAUGAUCAACCAUCAUUACUUACACACCAA